AUGGAGAAGCCAUCGCUGACGUUCUCGUUUGCGGCGCCCAAGAGAACCACACAGAGAAGGCAGCCACCUGCGAGCCACGACGGCAGCGGCGCUGAUCCGCGGUCGCCCGCAGCCAAGGCCAUGGCGGAAGACAUCGCGGUCAUGCUCACCAACGAUGACGCUGCCGUCAGCAAACUGUCGGCUGUGCGGUUAGGGUACUGGCGCGACAACUUCCUGCACCACUUCGUGCGUGGGUACUACACGCGUGUGGCGGCGAUUCACAACGUGCUGCGGCAGUUCCUUGCGGCUGGCGGGAGCGACACGCCCAAGCAGGUGGUAUGCCUGGGCGCUGGAUUUGACACGACCUACUUUCAGAAGAAGUCGGAGGGGUGGCUGGGCGACAACGUGGUGUUCUACGAGCUGGACUUUGGAGAGGUGGUCAAGCGGAAGAGCAACAUCAUCACAACGUGCCGCGAGCUCCACGAACUCAUCGCUCACAACGAGGCCGGCAUUCGCGUCACCGAAGAGGGCUUGCACACGAAGAACUACCACCUGAUCACCGCAGACCUGCGUUCCAUCGAGAACGUGGACAAGGUCCUCACGACGGCUGGACUCGAAAGGUGGGCAGCUACGUUUGAAAAGGCGGUGUUCGUUACGUACGAGCAGAUUCUGCCCGACGACGCGUUCGGGCGCAUGAUGCUCAAGAACCUCGAGGAGCGCAACGUGCACCUCCACGGCCUGCACGCGCGGCCCAGCAUCGAGACCCAGCGAAGCGCCUACCUCGCCCUCGGCUGGGACGAGGCGCAGGUCGUCGACAUGAACGCCAUCAGCGAUCGCCUCCUCGGCCGCGACGAACUCGCACGGCUGAACAGGAUCGAGAUGUUCGACGAGGUGGAGGAGUGGCGGCUCACCCAGGCCCACUACUGCAUCGUGCUGGCCACCACCGACGCCAGCAAAUCGGGGAUCUGGGCCGACCUCUCCCUCAUCCAACCCACGCCGCCCGCCGUGCCAACGCAGCAGUGA